UCUUCCAAACCUCACUUGACUUUCCCCUCUUGAAGAUCUACAGAAUGCUGGUAGUAUCGCUGUCGCAGGCUCAGGAAAUCAAGAGAAGGUCAAUGGACUUGUUCCGCAGGUCCACAGAUCCCCCCUCCUCGCGAUCGGGGUCAUCGAGUGACUCCGAGCCCAGUCCUGGAGACGCUAACAUCAAGAAGACCCGCUUCUCUAUGUUCCGCGGCAGCGACCGUCGUUCGGGCCUAAUCAUCGAGCCCUCUGUCUUCUGCGACACAAGCGUCGCCGCUUCGCCCAUGUCCUCCCCCCUGACGUCCGACGACGAGCCGUCGUCCCUUUACCCCUCCGAUGGCUCACCCGACAGAGAUUCGAUAGAGACGAUGGAUGAGCGCCGCCGGGCACUCGCGAUACUCGAAGGCCGCAACCCUCCUAGACAGAGCCUGCGCGUUUCCUCGAGUACGGGCUCAGAGGACGCGCAGGACACGACAGCGCCCGGCGCGCGAAGGAGGCCCUCGAGUAUCACCGUCCCCACCUCCUUCAGAAGCGUGCUUCAAUUUACGUCGAUUAUCCCAGGCCGCUCGGGCUCGGAGUCCGUCGCCUCGAGGCGGUCCACGAUGAACCACGAGCGGCGGCCCAGCUUCCGUCUGAACCGCGUCCCGGAGGACGGGACGAUCCCUCCGGCGCUAGCAGCCAGAUCGUCGCUCACUUUGCGCGAGGGAGCGGAGGAGCCCCACGCUCAACCCCAGCCUCAACUUUCAGACGGGGAGACGGAACAGCAGCGGACGCAAGCGCAGGAGACGGACGAGCACGGGCUUCCUACGUACGCGAGCGCGGCGUUCCCGUCACACCCGAAGACGUACCGCUUCGCACAGGCUGGGCCGUUCGCGUCGACGGUCAGCGCUGGGGACGAGGAGAUCGCGGGUUUGGGGCGGUACCAUGUGAGUGUGGGCGUGAACAUAUGGGCGCCGCGGUCGGGCGUAACGAUCGUCAGACGCGGCUUGACGGAGGACGGGCCGAUAGUUGGACAGAUCGAGUAAGCUCGUCUGUGUCGCCGACUCUGGUUAUGGGCGAUAUGUGCAGGCCCUUGAAAGACGUGUUGUCCAAGAGUCUGACAAAUGGGUCAGUGCCUUGCAUAUACCUUGCGUGCGGAGUGCUCAUGGGCGCGACCACAUAUCAGGUCGCGAACCUAUUACGUUGGUGACGGUGCUGCCAUCGUUUCAAUGUAUAGGCAUACAUUCAAUCGACACUCAUAGCAACUUUCUCUCCCUACCCUCCCCGAUCGCUGGUCGUCCAACCGCUAGGUCAUAGAUACCUAGACCACAUAUUGCUUGGAAUUCUGCUCCUCAUGCGCGAUAAGGACGCUGAGGUGUUUGACCGUCCGGAAAACUCUUAUUCUGUCAUGCCCUUUCCGUGCAUGUAGUUGAGCAAGCUUUCCGCGUUUCCGUGUGGAUAGAGCUUUGCGCCGAAGCUAAGUAGCAUAGGGCGCGCGUUCUGAGAUACGCGCAGCAGCGAUGUCCUUAGCUUUUUGAGGCUAUGUAUUUAUCUGCAGGACUCGCCGUGACCUGAUGAUAGGAAGCGCCGUUGUUAGUCUGGCGAAGCUGU